GUAAUAUUUAUGUAUUGCACUUUAUGCUGUUAUUCCUAACCUUACUGCAAGUGUAAAUUGUCAACAAUUAGUGCGUUUGUCAUUGAAAUACCUCUAAAAAGUGAAUAAUUAGUUGUAAUAAGUUUAAUUCAACAUGUCUUAUCAAUUAUAUAGAAAUACUACGCUAGGAAAUACUCUGCAAGAAAGUCUAGAUGAAUUAAUUCAGUAUGGACAGAUUACACCACAACUUGCGAUUAAAGUAUUAUUGCAAUUCGACAAAGCUAUCAAUCAGGCGCUUGCAACUCGAGUUAAAUCAAGACUCACAUUUAAGGCUGGCAAAUUAAACACAUACAGAUUUUGUGACAAUGUUUGGACUUUUAUGCUAAAUGAUGUUGAAUUUCGAGAAGUUCAAGAAGUGGCCAUAGUCGAUAAAGUUAAAAUAGUUGCAUGUGAUGGAAAAACCCUAGAUGCGGAUGCUGCUCAAAAACGAUAAUAUAUCAAAAAAUUUUACAAUACGCAAUUUUUUCAUGUAGAUUUUACAAAGAAAAGCGAACUUUUGGAUGAAAAUAAUUUGUAUUUCUCACUAUAUUAUAUGUGCCAAAAGAUUAUUUAAAAAUUAGUAUGUUUGGACGAUAUUCAAUUUUUUGAGAAUAAAUGAAGACAAACGGUUUUUCAUUGUUUGUAUAUUUGUUUUAUACAAAAAUUGAAAAGAGUGUGAGUGAUGUUUACGUAUUUCAAGGUUAAACGAAAAGUGAAAGUGUUUUUAAAACACAAUUGUAUAUGAACACGGAAAAAUGUUAAAAGUAAUUCAACUCAAAUAUAUAACUAUUCCAUGAAA